UUUCUUCUGUUUCUGCGUCGAACGAAAAUCAUUCAGGUCUCUCCCGGGUGCACGCGUUUUGCUGUUUCUGCGGUGGAUAAAAUUGUGAAAAUUUACAUCGACCGUUGCGUUUCUUGUUCAUUUCCAUCCGUAAAUUUACAUUUUGAGCAGCAAAAAUGGUUGUGAAACCGGCGGCAAGAGGCAUCAAGCCCCAGGGACAGGCCUACAAGGACAAAAGUAAACCGGCUGACAUCCGCCAGAGCAAUAUCAAUGCAGCGAAGGCUGUCUCUGAUGCUAUUCGAACUAGCUUGGGACCUCGUGGGAUGGAUAAAAUGAUACAAGCCGGAAAUGGUGAGGUCACAAUCACCAAUGAUGGAGCAACAAUUUUGAAGCAAAUGAACGUCAUUCACCCCGCCGCAAAGAUGUUGGUCGAACUUUCCCGCGCACAGGACGUUGAAGCGGGAGAUGGUACCACGUCGGUGGUGGUUGUGGCUGGCGCACUGCUGGAAGCCGCGGAGAAGUUGCUCCAGAUGGGCAUCCAUCCAACUGCGAUCUCGGAUGCCUUCCAGAAGUGUUCUGCCAAGGCAGUGGAUAUUCUUACGGAAAUGUCUAGGCCGAUCGAGUUGACCGACCGUGAAUCGCUCAUCAAAAGCGCUUCCACGUCGUUGAACUCGAAGGUCGUAUCACAGCACAGCAGUCAACUGGCUCCGAUUGCUGUCGACGCGGUUCUGAAGGUCACCGAGUCAGGACAUGAGAGCGGAGUGGACCUCAAGAACGUCAAAGUCAUUCGCAGCCUCGGGGGUACUAUUGAUGAUACGGAACUGGUUGAUGGACUGGUGUUCACUCAGCGGUCAAGUGGAGUCAACGGACCAAAACGCGUGGAAAAGGCAAAAAUUGGAUUGAUCCAGUUCUGCAUCUCUGCUCCUAAAACUGACAUGGAUCAUAGCGUUAUCGUAUCUGACUACGCUGCCAUGGAUCGAGUGCUUAAAGAGGAGCGUGCCUACAUUCUGAAUAUUGUAAAACAGAUCAAGAAGUCAGGAUGCAAUGUGCUGCUGGUUCAGAAAUCCAUUCUUCGCGAUGCUGUCUCGGAUUUGGCAUUGCAUUUCCUGGACAAGAUUAAAGUGAUGGUGGUGAAAGACAUCGAACGUGAGGACAUCGAGUUUGUCUGCAAAACCCUGAACUGCAGACCUAUUGCCUCUUUGGAUCAUUUCUUGCCGGAACAUUUGGUCAACGCUGAUCUGGUUGAAGAGGUUUCGAGUGGAUCGAGCAAGUUCGUCAAGGUCACUGGAAUCCAGAAUAUGGGGAAGACCGUUUCGAUCGUUGUUCGUGGCUCGAAUAAAUUGGUGUUGGAAGAAGCUGCUCGCUCUUUGCAUGACGCCCUUUGCGUGGUUCGAUGCCUGGUGAAGAAACGCGCUCAGAUUGCCGGCGGUGGCGCCCCGGAAAUCGAAAUGGCUCUCCAGCUGGCAGCUCACGCUCAAACUUUGGAAGGUGUGGAUGCCUACUGCUUCCGCGGUUUUGCCAAUGCGUUGGAAGUUAUUCCUUCGACGUUGGCCGAAAAUGCAGGGUUGAAUCCAAUUGCUACCGUCACUGAACUUCGUAACCGCCAUGCCCAAGGCGAGAAAAAUGCUGGAAUCAACGUGCGUAAGGGAGCCAUCACCGAUAUUUUAGCGGAGAAUGUCGUGCAACCACUUCUGGUGUCCACUUCGUCUAUCACAUUGGCUUCGGAAACCGUUCGAUCAAUUCUAAAGAUUGAUGAUAUCAUCAAUACAAUGCAGUGAAUACACUAUUAAUAAUUAAAAUAUUUUUCGCUUUAUACUCUCAUUAAUUUAAACUCUACCAACUUAAAAAGAACACGGAUUUUUCAUUCACAUUGCAUACCAAAACAAUUACUCGGAGAACACGCAAAUUAUGAACAUUACUUUUGUAUUGUCUAAAAGCUAACAUUAUAAAAAUAAAAACACUCAACCAGUU